GAGCUGUGUCUCUUUAAGUUGCGACUAAAGCCGAUUAGGGUCGAUUCUGCUUUUAGCGUCUGUUCACUCAAUCGGUUUUUAUAUGUUAUUGUGUGCACUAGGCGAUCAGACGGUUAAUGAGAUCUUAGUGGACUUAAGCGGACUCUUCAGUCGCACGGCUGUGGUUUACUGUUCAGGUUGUUUGUGUGUUUCUCACGGAUCGGAUUAUUCCUGACUUGCCUUUCUCUAUCAUUUCAGCUUUCUUACUUUUUUUUUUUUUUUUACACCUCCGUCCCCGAUGAUGAUGAUGAAGAUGAUGAUGAUGAUGGUGAUCUCAUGCAAAGCGCUGUAAGAAUUCGGGCUGUAAAAUGCAGAAGAGUGUGCGCUACAAUGAGGGGCACGCACUUUUCCUCUCGAUCAUCGCGCGGAAGGAGGGAACCAAACGGGGCUACUUGAGCAAGAAAGCAGCCGAGAACAGUCGCUGGAACGAAAAAUACUUUGCUCUGUACCAAAACAUCCUUUUUUACUUUGAGAAUGAGCAGAGCACCAGGCCGACGGGGAUUUACUUACUGGAAGGGAGCACCUGCGAGCGCGCAUCAGCGCCCAAAGGAUCCGCAGGCAGCCGAGACAGUUCAGAUAAGCAGCAGCACUAUUUCCUGGUCAUCUUCGGCCAUGACGGGCAGAAAUCUCUGGAGUUGCGAACCGAAGAGGAUACAGACUGUAAUGAGUGGGUGGAAGCCAUUCAGCAAGCCAGCUACUCUAAUCUCAUCAUUGAGCGUGAAGUGCUUAUGCAAAAGUACAUCCACCUGGUCCAAAUCAUGGAGACAGAGAAGGUGGCUGCCAAUCAACUUCGCACACAGCUUGAGGACCAGGAUACAGAAAUUGAAAGGCUCAAGGCUGAGGUUGGGACCCUAAAUAAAUCUAAGGAAAAAAUGUUGCCUUGCCUUACCAAUCAAGAAGAAGAUGAUCCUGAUAUAAAGAAAAUAAAGAAGAUACAAAGCUUUAUGCGUGGCUGGCUUUGUCGGAGAAAGUGGAAGAUCAUUGUUCAAGACUACAUCUGCUCACCCCAUGCUGAAAGCAUGAGGAAGAGGAACCAGAUUGUUUUCAACAUGUUGGAAGCAGAGACCGAAUAUGUCCUCCAGCUGUCCAUCCUGGUGAACUGCUUUCUGAGGCCACUCAGGAUGGCUGCCAGCUCCAAAAAACCCCCAAUUGGCCAUGAUGAUGUUAGCAGCAUUUUCCUCAAUAGUGAAACUAUAAUGUUUCUACAUGAGAUAUUUCACCAAGGUUUAAAAGCAAGAAUCGCCAACUGGCCAAGAUUGGUUUUAGCUGAUCUUUUUGAUAUAUUGUUGCCAAUGUUAAACAUCUAUCAAGAAUAUGUACGGAACCACCAGUACAGUCUUCAGGUUCUAGCAAACUGUAAACAGAACCGGGACUUUGACAAGCUCCUGAAACAGUACGAGUCCAACGCGGCCUGUGAAGGCAGAAUGCUGGAGACAUUUCUGACCUACCCAAUGUUUCAGAUUCCUCGAUACAUCAUCACUUUGCAUGAACUGCUUGCCCAUACUCCCCAUGAGCAUGUAGAACGCAAGAGUCUGGAUUUUGCCAAGUCAAAACUGGAGGAGCUGUCCAAAAUGAUGCAUGAUGAAGUGAGUGACACGGAGAACAUCCGUAAGAAUCUCGCCAUUGAGCGCAUGAUUGUGGAGGGCUGUGACAUCCUCUUGGACACCAGCCAGACCUUUGUACGGCAAGGCUCCCUGAUCCAGGUCCCUUCAGUGGAAAGAGGUAAACUGAGCAAAGUCCGCCUAGGAACACUGUCGCUGCGCAAAGAGGGUGAGCGCCAAUGUUUCCUCUUCACCAAACACCUCCUGAUCUGCACUCGCACCUCAAGCGGAAAGCUGCAUUUGCUCAAACAAGGAGGCACUCUGUCUCUGAUAGACUGUACCCUCAUUGAAGAGCUAGAUGCCAAUGAUGAAGACUAUACUGCGGCAGGUCAGGGUUUUAGUCAUUUAGAAUUUAAGCUACUGGUUGAGCCAGCUGAUGGGCCGUCCUUCUCAGUAGUCCUGCUGGCCCCAUCUCGCCAGGAGAAAGCUGUCUGGACCAGCGAUAUCAGCCAGUGUAUUGAUAAUAUUCGCUGCAAUGGCCUUAUGACCAGUGUUUUUGAAGAGAACUCCAAGGUUACUGUGCCUCACAUGCUCAAGUCAGACACACGGCUACACAAUGAUGAUGUGGAUAUUUGCUUCAGCAAAACGCUCAACUCCUGCAAGGUGCCACAGAUCCGCUAUGCCAGCGUUGACCGUCUGCUGGAGCGGCUCACUGACCUGCGCUUCCUCUCCAUUGACUACCUUAACACGUUCCUGCACACAUACCGCAUCUUUACCACUGCAGCUGUGGUCAUGGACAAGUUAAAUGACAUCUACAAGAGGCCUUUCACCUCCAUUCCUGUAAGAAUUCAGUACCACUCAUCUGACCGCUUGUCCAUCUCCUCCGUCUGUCCAGACUACAGCCUGAAGGUCACAAGGCUUGCCCUGGACCAGUCAAAGUCGCUUGAGCUAUUUUUUGCCACUAACCAGGGCCCAUGGGGCAAUGAGCUCCUGAACAACAAGUCCCCCCGACUGUCACGCAAGUUCUCUACACCUCCUCCUCUCUCAAUCCCUUCCCGGACAUCCUCGCCCAUGCAUUGCCGUAAACUCUCACUCAGCUCACCUGUGAGUGGGGGCAAAGCCAUGGCUCUGGAUCUUUCAGCCUCAUCCUUGGCAGUCAGUAGUCCCACAUCUACCUACAACCCCAUGGUCCUUUCUCCACCACCCAACUGUACUAAGGCUCCACUGGACCUGAGCAAGGGCCCCACUUCACCAGAGCUAGGCCCCACCACUCCAGAGAAAGAUUUCAUAGAGUCUAUGUCAUUUGACAAGUUCAUCCCAGAGACACCUACCUCUGUCGAGUCAGGAGAUUCAUCUCUGUGCAGCUUGCCCUCUACCCCUUCCUCUACUCCACGCCAUCCUCGUUACAGACAGCCUGGAGGUCAGUCCAUGGAGAAUCUGCGCUGUACAGUGUCCCCUGCCUCUGCCUUUGCCAUCGCCACAGCAGCAGCUGGACACAGUGGCCCUCAAGGUUUCACCAGCCCAGAGAAGUCAUAUGAUAAGGAGUUUCUUAUCCGCCGAGCCGCUACAAACAGGGUGCUCAAUGUCCUGCGGCACUGGGUUUCCAAACACUCCCAGGACUUUGAUAUGAACAGUGAACUGAAGGCGGAAGUGAUCACUCUGCUAGAGGAAGUGCUGAGGGAUCCCGACCUGCUACCUCAGGAAAGAAAAGCCACAACCAACAUGCUAAGUGCCCUUUCUCAAGAAGAAUCAGAUGACACACAGCUUAAAAUUAACGAUAUUCUCCAAACGGCCAAAUAUCCCAAAAUGGAGUGUUUUGAGUCUCUGUCUGCUAUGGAGCUGGCUGAGCAAAUCACCUUACUGGACCAUAUUGUGUUCAGAAAUAUUCCCUAUGAGGAAUUUCUUGGCCAAGGAUGGAUGAAAAUGGACAAAAAUGAAAGAACACCAUACAUCAUGAAGACCAGUCAGCACUUCAAUGAUAUGAGUAAUCUGGUGGCAUCUGAGAUCAUGUCCCACACAGAGGUGAGCUCCAGGGCGAACUCAAUUGACAAGUGGUUGGCAGUGGCUGAUAUCUGUCGCUGCCUCAACAACUACAACGGAGUGUUGGAGAUCACAUCCGCUCUCAAUCGCAGUGCCAUAUUUAGGUUGAAAAAGACCUGGGCUAAAGUCUGCAAGCAGGCCAAAGCAUUAAUGGACAGGCUGCAGAAAAUAGUGUCUUCUGAAGGAAGGUUUAAAAACCUAAGAGAAACCCUGAAAAACUGCAAUCCCCCAUGUGUGCCAUAUUUGGGGAUGUACCUAACAGACUUGGCAUUUAUUGAAGAAGGUACACCGAAUUUCACAGAAGAGGGGCUGGUCAAUUUCUCCAAAAUGAGAAUGAUUUCUCACAUCAUAAGGGAGAUACGCCAGUUUCAGCAGGCCCCCUACAGGAUAGAGCAUCAACCCAAGGUGACACAGUUCCUGCUUGACAAAAUGCUCGUUAUGGAUGAUGACACACUGUAUGAACUUUCUCUAAGGCUUGAACCAAGAGUCCCACCUGGCAACUAGAGUAAUCUUUUAGCCCUUCUGUGAGCCCAUCCUGGAACAUUACAUAUGGACAGAAAAAGUAUUUCCUACUUUGGCAACUGGCCGGGAAAUGCUUAGGUAAAUGUGAAAAUGAGGAGAGAUCAUGAUUGUCUUUCCAGUUUGUUUACGAUCACACAUGACAUUUAUACAGUUCAGGGCAGAUGUUUUAAUACACUUAGACUGAUGGUAUUCAUUAAUAUUUUUUGUUACCUUAUAUUUCUUUUGGUAAGUCAAUUAGGGCAUUUAAUUUCUUCAAAUCAGAGGUCAUUUGAAAACAAUUAAUUAGCAAAAAGGGUAUUUCUACCAAUUUCUACUAAACCAUGAGACAACAACAAAAGAACUGGUGAGAGGCAUCAGGUACCAGAGUCACUCUGGAUAAUGUAGUUAAGAGAGUCCAGCAUCACCAUGGUCUGAAGGAGACUGUUGAAAGCCUGUCCUCCAAGACUGGCAUUAAAACAAGCCAGGAUUAGGUUUUUAGGCAAGAUUCAGGCUGUUGGAGGAGUGUUCUCAGGUCAGAUGAAGUAAUUUAAAAAAAUGUACUGCGUGGCCAUAAUGAUCAAAGAUUGUAUUGUAUUGGGGGAAAGGGUGAGGCUUAUAAUUUAAAUUGAGGCAUUUAAUUUUUCAUCCCUAUUGUAAAGUAUGAUGGUGAGAGCAUCGUCUUGUGGAAUUGUGCGUUUGCUGAAAAAGCGACUGGUGUUCUUUAAAAAAAAUAAUUCAGUGGAUGGUGUCAUGAGAAAGGAGGAUUAUCUUAAAAGAUAUUAUAUUAUUCUAUAAAAGAAUACUGACGCAACACCUCAAGACAUUAUCCAGAAGUUAAACGUGGUCACAACUGAAUUAAUAGGACACUGACCCUAAAUGUACCUUCUUCUUUUUUUUAAGGAAUUGUAAGAUGUAAAAACACAAAGUAAAAAUAUUGACGUGACCAUUAUAAAGCCCUGACCGUAACCCAGUUCUCAAUUUAAAAAAAGAAGAAAAAAUGUGUCCGAGAAAGGAGGACGUCAAACCUGACUGAUUUAUACUGGUUCUGAUCAAGAGAAAUUUCAGCAAAGUGUAGUGAAAAGCACGUGGAAGUCUAUAAAUUCAAGCCAUUAACAAUUAAAAAAACGCAAUGCUGGCAAAAACUGACAAACUGUAAGUAAAAUUUAAAAACUUUAUUAAAGUAAAUAAGAGAUGAAACACACUAUUAUUUUAUCCCUUUUAUGGAAUUAAAGUAGAUGUCCUAAUUGCGCCUAAUAGAAUCUGUAACCUUUUGGUCUUAAUUGUACACAGACACAUCCAUCUUAUUAAAUUGUUACUGUUAUCACGUUUCUUAUGAUAUAAUAUUUAUGGGACAUUUAAAAUGCUAGAUGUAGAAUAUUCUCUUAUAUAAUACUCAGGUCAUACUGUGCCUUUCUACUGAAUGCGGAAUAUCUGUGUAAAAUAAAAAUCAUACUCAAGGACAGAAUGAUUUGGACUUUCCUACAUUUUAAAAUGUUUGCACUGACAACAGAAUAUCAUGGAGCCAUGCUGAAACACAAUGACUUUAAUCAAAUAGGGUACUGAUGGUGUGAUAGACUGAACCUUUAUAACCUGGGUCACAUUUUAACACUUUUUGUUCAUGUCUCUUUGUUUCUAAAUGGCUGUGAAGGUGUUCAAUGUGGUCUAUUGCAUUAACAAUGGCUCCACCUACUGGAGAAGAGUGAAACAUCAUGCAAUCUCAGGGAUUAACCCCGCACAGCACCUUUAGUUAUUUGUGAAAUUAUAUAAGCGAUGAUAUAAAUAGAAAAUAAAAUGCUGCUUUUAAUGUGAUUUAUUUAUGUGAUUCAAUUUUUUUGAUAGCAGAUUGAAUGAUCUCAUAACACAAAUGUCUGAUUUAUGUUAAUAAGGUAUUAGUUUCGCAUUACUAAUAGUGUAUAUAAAAAGCAUUUACUCUGCAACUCAGAAGUACCAUGGGUAAGGUCUUUUUAUUUAAUUAAAAUUCCCAUCAAUUUUGUAGCAUUUGCUAUCUAAGAGAAAAUGAAAAUAAUUGGAAAAGGAUUUCUUAAAAUGUAAACAUCCUAGCAAUACUAAUAAUGUCCCAGCAUGACAGAAUAUCUUUUUAUUUGUAAACCUUUCAUUUCUGUUUUUGUAAUUGUAAAUAAUUUAACAGUUAACAUAUUCGUUUGAAUUGAAUAAGCCAUUUGUUUAUUUAAAAUGCUACUGUAAAUGUAAUCAGUGUAAUUGCUUGUUUGUUUUUUUAUGCACAAAGCUCUAUGUGAUUUAAUGCACUCAUUUGGUCUAUAUGUUGCUAGUUUAAAAUAGUCAGCUGCAAACAGUUAUAUCCCUUCAAAAAGUAAGCAUUGUAUGUGGAAUUAAAAAUACUCUGACUGACUACAUUA